GAAAGAAGAUGGCCGCGAGGAGCGAGAAAGAAAACAAUCUCGAAGAGCGUUAAAGGUGGUAGAAGAACACUGUGUCUCGAAGGAGAACGAAUAGCGUAUCGUUCGAAUCUUUGAUAAUUCAGGUUACUCGGUCCACUGUCGAACAAUUAACAAUCGUGUACGACGGGAGAACGGGAGUUGAAUAGUUACAUGUGUGUCCUUGUCACGAAGAGAUCAGUCUCUCGAGGAUCGUCCUUGGAAUCGCUCGUCCCUGAAGCCGGCUCGAGGAGCUAGUGAUCUCGAAAACAAAAAUGGCGGACAUCGACUCGAGGGUGGAUCAUUCGGAUCCCGAAUUACGGUUCCUCUCCGUUGACAGAAACAAUUUCAAUGACCCCGCUACCCAGGCGGAAUGGACGCAAAAGAAGCUCGUCUGGGUGCCACACGAAACCCAGGGUUUCGUCGCGGCCGGGAUAAAAGGUGAACGAGGUGACGAGGUUGAGGUGGAGAUCGCUGAAACUGGAAAACGGGUCUUCGUCGCGAAAGAUGAUAUCCAGAAGAUGAAUCCGCCGAAGUUCGAUAAGGUCGAGGACAUGGCUGAGUUAACGUGUCUAAACGAAGCCUCUGUGCUGCAUAACCUCAAAGACAGAUACUACUCUGGUCUCAUUUACACGUACUCGGGGUUGUUCUGUGUGGUUGUUAAUCCAUACAAGAGGCUGCCAAUUUACACGGAGAAGAUAAUGGAGAGGUACAAGGGUAUCAAGAGACACGAGGUUCCACCCCACGUUUUUGCCAUCACAGACACCGCAUAUCGUUCUAUGCUUCAAGACCGCGAGGACCAGUCCAUUCUAUGCACCGGCGAAUCCGGCGCUGGCAAAACUGAAAACACGAAAAAAGUUAUCCAAUAUUUGGCGUACGUCGCUGCUUCGAAACCAAAAUCCAACGCGGGUGAAUUGGAGCAGCAACUCUUGCAAGCAAAUCCCAUUCUAGAAGCCUUUGGAAAUGCCAAAACAGUGAAAAAUGACAACUCUUCGCGAUUUGGUAAAUUCAUCAGAAUAAAUUUCGAUGCUUCCGGUUACAUUGCCGGUGCAAAUAUCGAAACUUAUCUCCUGGAAAAGUCGAGAGCAAUUCGACAAGCAAAGGAUGAAAGAACUUUCCACAUAUUUUAUCAGCUCCUCGCCGGUGCUUCGCCAGAACAAAAGAAGGAAUUUAUCUUAGAGGACCCGAAGCACUAUCCAUUCCUCUCAAAUGGUGCCCUACCAGUUCCAGGAGUAGACGAUUCAGCCGAGUUUUUCUCAACGGUGAAGUCCAUGCAUAUCAUGGGCAUGACAAACGAAGAUUUCUCUUCGAUUUUCCGUAUCGUGUCUGCUGUAAUGCUUUUCGGUUCGAUGCAGUUCCGUCAAGAAAGAAAUUCGGAUCAAGCUACGUUGCCAGACAACACUGUUGCCCAAAAAAUUUCACAUUUGUUGGGCUUAAGCGUUACAGAAAUGACGAAAGCAUUUUUAAAACCCAGGAUUAAAGUGGGCAGAGAUUUCGUGACAAAAGCACAAACAAAGGAACAAGUUGAGUUUGCAGUGGAAGCAAUUUCAAAGGCCUGUUACGAGAGAAUGUUCAGGUGGCUUGUGAACCGGAUCAAUAGAUCUUUGGACCGAACGAAAAGACAAGGAGCUAGUUUCAUCGGCAUACUGGAUAUGGCUGGUUUCGAGAUAUUCGAACUGAACAGUUUCGAGCAAUUGUGCAUCAAUUAUACAAAUGAGAAAUUACAACAAUUAUUUAAUCAUACUAUGUUCAUUUUGGAACAAGAAGAGUAUCAAAGGGAAGGAAUCGAAUGGAAGUUCAUCGACUUUGGAUUGGACCUGCAACCAACUAUUGAUUUGAUCGACAAACCUAUGGGUAUCAUGGCAUUACUGGAUGAAGAAUGUUGGUUCCCUAAAGCUACGGAUAAAACAUUUGUCGAAAAAUUAGUGGGCGCUCAUACUGUUCAUCCGAAAUUUAUGAAAACAGACUUCAGAGGUAUCGCAGAUUUUGCUAUCAUACAUUACGCUGGAAAAGUUGAUUAUUCAGCCGCUAAAUGGCUGAUGAAAAAUAUGGAUCCACUGAACGAGAAUGUUGUUAGCUUGCUACAAAAUUCACAGGAUCCGUUUGUUUGCCACAUUUGGAAAGACGCGGAAAUCGUUGGAAUGGCCCAACAAGCGUUAACCGAUACGCAGUUCGGUGCAAGAACAAGAAAAGGAAUGUUCAGAACAGUUUCUCAGUUGUACAAGGAGCAACUCGCAAAAUUAAUGGUCACCCUUAGAAAUACUAAUCCGAAUUUCGUAAGAUGCAUUAUACCGAAUCAUGAAAAGAGGGCUGGAAAGAUUGACGCGCCGUUAGUACUGGAUCAGUUGAGGUGUAAUGGAGUUCUAGAAGGAAUCAGGAUUUGCCGUCAAGGAUUCCCAAACAGAAUACCUUUCCAAGAGUUCAGACAGAGAUACGAACUUCUAACUCCGAAUGCUAUUCCGAAAGGAUUCAUGGAUGGAAAGAAAGCCUGUGAGAAAAUGAUUCAAGCUCUUGAACUUGACCCCAAUCUCUAUCGUGUUGGUCAAUCCAAAAUUUUCUUCCGUGCUGGUGUUUUGGCUCACCUUGAAGAAGAACGUGACUACAAGAUCACCGACAUAAUUGUCAAUUUCCAAGCUUUUUGUCGGGGUUUCCUCGCACGUAGAAACUAUCAAAAGCGUUUGCAACAGUUAAAUGCUAUUAGAAUCAUCCAGCGAAAUUGCGCAGCGUACUUGAAGCUUCGAAAUUGGCAGUGGUGGCGUUUGUAUACUAAAGUGAAGCCGCUUCUGGAAGUAACUAAGCAAGAAGAGAAAUUAACUCAAAAAGAGGACGAGUUAAAACAAGUGCGGGAUAAGUUGGAAUCACAGUUACAUUCCGCGCAAGAGUACGAACGAAAAUAUCAACUAGCCCUUGAAGAAAAAACUAUGCUGGCAGAGCAGUUACAAGCCGAGGUCGAAUUAUGCGCGGAAGCAGAAGAAAUGCGUGCACGACUAGCUGCACGAAAACAAGAACUGGAGGAGAUUCUUCAUGAUUUGGAGGCAAGAAUUGAAGAAGAAGAGGAGAGGAGUACCGCAUUAACUCAGGAGAAAAAGAAAUUACAGUUGAAUAUUAGUGAUCUUGAAGAACAACUGGAAGAGGAAGAAGCUGCUAGACAGAAGUUACAAUUGGAAAAGGUGCAAUGUGACGCAAAAAUUAAAAAGCUUGAAGAAGAUCUUGCACUUUCUGAUGAUACGAAUCAGAAAUUACUGAAAGAAAAGAAAAUUCUCGAAGAAAGGGCAAAUGAUUUAUCGCAGACACUUGCCGAGGAAGAGGAGAAAGCAAAGCAUUUAUCGAAAUUGAAAGCUAAACAUGAAGCAACAAUUGCUGAUCUUGAGGAAAGGUUAUUGAAAGACCAUCAGCAAAGACAAGAAGUUGACAGAUCAAAGAGGAAAAUAGAAACUGAGGUAUCAGAUUUGAAAGAACAACUCGGAGAAAGGAAGACACAGGUAGAAGAACUUCAACUGCAACUUGGUAAACGCGAAGAAGAAUUAAAUCAAGUAAUGGCAAAAAUGGAUGAAGAAGGAGCGGCGAAAGCUCAAGCUCAAAAAGCUCUUCGUGAAUUGGAGUCUCAAUUAGCUGAACUUCAGGAAGAUUUAGAGGCUGAAAAAGCUGCCAGAAGCAAAGCAGAAAAAUUAAAGCGUGAUCUAAAUGAGGAAUUAGAAGCUUUGAAAAAUGAGUUAUUAGAUUCUUUAGAUACAACAGCUGCACAACAGGAAUUGAGAAGUAAACGGGAACAGGAAUUGGCGACAUUAAAGAAGAACCUAGAAGAAGAAACAUCGGUCCACGAAGCAACUUUAGCAGAUAUGCGUCAUAAACAUACUCAGGAAUUAACUGCUUUGAAUGAACAGAUGGAUGCAUUGAAAAAGACGAAAGCUGUUUUGGAAAAGGCAAAAUCAACUCUCGAGGCCGAAAAUGCUGAUUUGGCAUCGGAACUCAGAUCUGUUAGCGCCAGUAGGCAAGAGUCGGAUAGAAGACGGAAACAGGCUGAACAACAGCUUGCUGAAGUAAACGCAAAACUCGCUGAGAUUGAAAGAAACAGACAGGAAUUGGUGGAAAGAGUGACAAAAUUACAACAAGAAUCUGAAAGCAUCAUGCAGCAAUUGGAAGCUGCAGAGUUGAAGGCUUCGGCCGCCAUAAAGGCUUCGGCAACUUGUGAAUCUCAAUUUACAGAACUUCAGCAACAACUUGAAGAGGAAACAAGACAAAAAUUGGCACUAAGUUCGAAAUUAAGAGCAGUGGAGAGCGAAAAGGAUAGUCUACAUGAUCAACUAGAAGAGGAAGAAGAAGCGAAAAGGGCCUUAGAUAAAUAUGUUUUCGCCUUAAACAUACAAUUGGCUGAAGCUAAGAAGAAGGGUGAAGACGAAGCAGAAGCUGCUGCGGCAUUAGAGGAAGCUAGAAAGAGAUGUAUGAAAGAUAUCGAAGCAUUUCAAAGACAAGUUGAAGAGUUGCAAGCUGCUAACGACAAAUUGGAUAAGUCGAAAAAGAAAAUUCAGGCGGAAUUGGAAGAUAGUACUAUCGAGCUUGAAGCGCAAAGAGCUAAGGUGCUGGAAUUGGAGAAAAAGCAGAAAAACUUUGAUAAGGUCCUAGCUGAAGAAAAAGCAGUCUCCGAGCAAUAUGCAGAACAGCGUGACGCUGCUGAACGCGAGGCUCGUGAAAAAGAAACCCGUGUCUUAUCUUUGACCCGUGAACUCGACGAGAUGAAUGAAAAAGUCGAGGAACUCGAACGCGUCCGGCGAGGUCUCCAAUCGGAGCUCGACGAACUUGUGAAUAAUCAAGGAACGGCUGACAAGAAUGUACACGAACUUGAGAAGGCAAAACGUGCCCUUGAGUCUCAAUUAGCAGAGCAACGAUCUCAAGUAGAGGAACUCGAGGACGAAUUGCAAUUCACCGAGGAUGCAAAACUACGUUUAGAAGUAAAUAUGCAAGCUCUAAGAGCUCAGUUUGAACGCGACCUGCAAGCUAAGGAAGAACAGGCCGAGGAGAAACGAAGAGGAUUGGUAAAACAGUUGCGCGACCUUGAAGCAGAAUUGGAGGACGAAAGAAAACAAAGGGCUGCCGCUAUUGCACAACGGAAGAAAAUGGAGGCAGAUUAUAAAGAUAUCGAACAGCAACUGGAGAUGCAUAAUAAGGUGAAGGAAGAUGCAUUGAAACAAUUGAAGAAACUUCAAGCGCAAAUGAAAGAUUGCACCAGGGAAACCGAAGAGGCCAGAGCUGCUAGAGAUGAACUUGCAGCAACUGCUAAAGAAACUGAAAGAAAAGUAAAGAGCUUAGAGGCAGAUUUGAUGCAGUUAACCGAAGAUUUCGCCAGUAGCGAACGAGCAAGAAGAGCUGCAGAGAACGAGAGGGAUGAAUUACAGGAGGAACUUAAUAAUAAUGCUAAUAAGGGUACGUUAAUGCUGGAUGAAAAACGAAGACUUGAAGCUAGAAUCGCAACAUUGGAAGAGGAACUGGAGGAAGAGCAAUCCAAUGGUGAGCUGCUAAUGGACAGAGCCAGAAAGGCUCAAAUAACUAUCGAGCAGCUAACAAACGAUCUAACAACCGAAAGAUCAACUACACAGAAAUUAGAAUCGCACAAACUGUUGCUGGAAAGGCAAAACAAGGAACUGAAAGCGAAGCUGACGGAAUUGGAGACUGCUCAAAGGGCAAAGACCAAAGCUACCAUGCAACAAUUAGAGUCGAAAAUUAACAAUCUCGACGAACAGCUGGAAACCGAAGCAAAAGAAAGAUUUGCACAACAGAAAAUUAACAGGAAGUUAGAGAAAAAACUGAAGGAAUUGAGUUUACAGUUAGAAGAUGAAAGGAGAAACUCUGACCAAUACAAAGAACAAGCAGAGAAAGUAAACGCAAGAAUGAAAGCUUUGAAGAGACAGCUUGACGAAGCUGAGGAAGAAAUUAGCAGGCAUAAAGCAAUGAAGAGGAAAGCACAGAGAGAAAUGGACGAUAUGCUAGAAUCUCAGGAAGAGCUAACCAGAGAAGUCGCAAACCUUAAAAAUAAAUUGAGACGGGGUGGGCCUCCAAUAAGCCUUAGUUCGACGCGUCUGAAACGCGGUUCUGUUCAAACCGGUGGCUCCGGCGACGAUUCGACGACACAGGACGAAAGCAUCGAUGGUGAGGAAACUGUCAACUGAACGAAAGAACACGCCACUUAUUGAACUCUCACAACGCAGGAAACCCUCUCACAACAUAGAAAAACCAAGAUCCAAGAAGUGCGCGCAAGAUUCGCUUCGACGAAAAUCGAGUUCCAACCGAAGAUCUCGCUUUCUCGAGGUCGGGUGUCGAUUCUUAUGCACCCAACAAUACCAUUAGACGAAGACGGCUUUCUUCUGUACAUAAGAGACCCGGCUGGGCCGUACCGAGUAGUAUUUUAGCUCCGUUCUUCUGGGACACCGCAAGAAAUGACGAAUUAUUUCUGGGAAACAUUUUUUCAAUUCAUCGUCAACAAUUUUUAUUAAAGAUAUAUGUCAUCGAUAACACAUAAUGAAAGAGUUUUAUGGGUAAACUUAUACCGAAUGUCUUUCCAAUGAAUUCCAAUGAAUUUGUCAAGGCGCGUAGAUAUUUGUACAAGGACUUGCACGUUAACGCCACUAAGCAUUAGCAGUGCAGGAAUGCCAUACUUUGUACCAGCUUUAGCUUAGAAAUUUUAUAUAAUUUCACAGGUUUUUCUCGAUUAUGUUCGUCAUUUUUUUGCGGAAAAUGCUACUACUUCGCCGGGUAAGAUUCAGAUUAGAAAUAUAUUAUUGGGGCUGCAUAAUCGAUAACGAAUUAACACCGCAUUUAGGCAGCAUUAAUAUCUAUUAUAAUUAUAUUAUAGUUAUAUCAUUAAUUACUAUUAUUAUUAUCGCAGUUUUUAUUUUUAUCGUGAAGAAGUCGUAAUAUGUUAUUUGUAAUUAUUUUUAAUAAUCAAGCAAAUGAUGGGUGAUUUGGGUGUCGUUCCGAGAGGUCAGAGACUACAGAACUUCUAGAAAGGUAGCGUUUGACUUUCUACCAUUCGUGAUGUUUAAACAAAAGAAAGCAAGUUUAAAACGAUACUAACAGUAUUGAAGCGAUUGAGAUACAUAAUUGAUAGAAUUGAUACUUUUUUGAAAUCGACUAAUUUUCGCAAAGCCAAAGUAUUUCAAAGAUUCUGAGACUAGAGCACUUUGAAACAACUGAAAGAUUAUUUAGAGAAGAAAGUCUAGCUUUCUUACGUACAAUUAACUUUUAUGCAAGGGAGUUUCUGAUAUAAAAAUUGGCUUUUGGAGAAGAAGUAUUAUUAAUUUUUAAGAAUUUAUGUUAUCCUUGCCGCGUUGUUCAAGUUUAUCAGUUUUCUUUUUCUUUCUUUUUUUUUUUACUUUUUCCUUUAAGUAACAACUUUCGUUUGUUUUCGAGUGAAUUGGUUUGCCUGUCGGAACGGACCGGAAAUCGGCGAUCGAGAUAAAUCAAUUGGUAUUCAGGGCCGAUCGUGGAUCGAGAGCUCUUUUGUUUUCGCAUGAUCCGAAAAAAAAUUCGUAACAGUUCUUGAGACAAUAUUAUUAUUACGCAUGAACUCGCAACUAUGAUAGAGACGAAGAUUAAUAUUUCUUAAGCGGUAUGUACGUUAAGGUUUCUGAAAUUUUUUCAAGAGAGUACUUCAAUUUCACUACUUACUUUUUAAUUUUAAAAGUCAUAUUCCAAUGGAUUUCUCGAUGCGUUUGGAGUGAAAUUUUCGAAUGUCGCGGAAUAAAAUUGAUUACGAAAGGGAAAGAAACACAACAGUUUUCAUACAUGCAUUUUUUAACAUGUGCAUUUCAUGUGCAUUCAAUGAAAACGCAUUCUUAACCUCUUUUUGGUAAGACUUAACCAGAAGUAAACGAUGAACUUCAAAGUUAGAAAAAGGAAUUUAUACAGAAAAAGAGAAAUAUUUUGUCUGGUUGCGAAAAAAAAACGUAGGAUGGCGUUAUUAAUUAUUAACACCUGAUAUUAAGGGGAUAUCCUGAAUUAGGAGGUCUAAAAAAAGCUGUUUUUCUUGAAUUUUUUUAGGAUGGAAAAAAAUAAUUAAUUCUAUCGAACUUUUUAUCCUAUUUUCACACAUAUUUGAGUAGUCUGUACAAAUUUUUUCAACAAGAAAUAUUCAAAUUGAGUCGACUGUAACGCACAUUUGUAGAGCACCUCACAAUUAAAACCUCCUAUCGGGGGGAAAGAUGCAGGUCAUAAUUUUGGUUUGACACAAAAAAAAACAAAAGAAAUUUUCAUUUUCGUACAUUUUUCUUCUAUGUGAACUAAGAAAAACUCACAAAAAUGGUGAAAUGUGAAAUUACUGCAAGUAUGAAAAAAAGAACGAGUUCUUUGGGUGACAAAAAAUCACUUUAAUUUGAUAAAUAAGUUGCUUAAAAUUUUUUUUGUAUGAAUUUUCUUAGUUCAUAUAGAAGACAAAUGUAUGAAAAUGAAAAUUUCUAUUGGUUUUUUUGUGUCAAACCAAAAAUACGACCUGCAUCUUUCCCGCAGAUAGGAGGUUUUAAUUGUGAGGUGCUCUACAAGUGUGCGUCACAGUCGACUCAAUUUGAAUAUUUCUUGUUGAAAAAAUUUGUACAGACUACUCAAAUAUGUAUGAAAAUAGGAUAAAAAGUUCGAUAGGAUUAAUUAUUUUUUCCAUCCUAAAAAAAUUCAAGAAAAACAGCUUUUUUUAGACCUCCUAAUUCAGGAUUCCCCCUUAAAUCAUACAUUCAAAAUGAAGUCCAAUUGUCGCGAUUGUUAACUUGAUACUUUAAUCAUUGUUUAGCUUAAUCGGUAUAUAUGAUGUUCCUAAGUUGAAACGCAAAACAAAAAGAGGUUAACGGGCGGUUAUACACAUUACACGUAUACAUAUUAACACAUACAUAUACGUACGCAGAAUAUUCUGAAAAGAUGCUACAUCUAAGAAACAAAAUUUACGUCGAAAACAUAAUUGUUAACGGUUUUCGUAUGGUCAUACCUUUUUAACUAAUUAAACAUCAAAAUUGAAUGAAUGAUCAUGCGAAAACAUUAAGGAUCUUAUUUUUAGUACUGAAAUACUGUUUCAUGGGUGUGGCACACCUUAUCGUACAUUCUGUAUACAUACUUAUAUAUUAUAUAUACUCCGAAUAAGUAUAUAUAAAUAUAUGUGCAGUGUUGUAGUAUUUUUUUAUACGGCCAAGCGAUUGUAUAUGGAUAUGAAACCGGCCUGAUCUUUUUACACUAAACAUGUUUCUAGUAAUUUUUUAGGUGGGCUUUACAAUUCACAACUGAACUGCCACUUAACACAUCGUGGACCAUUAUUUUCUCCACGCAAAUAUUAUAAUGAAAUCUGAAAAUAUUUGAAAUAAAUGAACUAAACGUUAUAUACAUUUUCGACGGGUUUAGUUGAUAAGAAAUAAAUUAUAAUGUCACAAAUAAAGAAAGAUACUGUAACGAAUUGUGUCUGUCAAAAAGUAAACGUGAACGUCAACGGUGCGUUGGUGGAAUGAAAAUUUAGAAAAAUCCGAGUCUCAAAAUCUUUUAUAACGUAUGCAAAAUUAAAUCACCGCUGAAUUGUUGACAACUUUUUGUGCAAAGAUAUUUAAUUUUUUCUGAAAAUUUGGUUGAUUGUAAAAAAUAUAUGUCAUUAACUACUAUUUAUAACGUACUACUAAUGUAAAAAGAAUUUAAAAGACGUAAAUGAUAUACUAAAGUGAGGAUCCUUGAGUAUAAUUAUGGUUGAGAUUUGUCCAGUUUUUCAUCAGUUCUUUUUUCAACUACUUAAAAUGAUGUAUACUGAUGAUAAAAUAAUUUCUCUUAUUUAUUAAUCCUUUUGUUACAAAUAGAUUGAUUAUUCACAUUAACAUUUUGCAAAGUCGUAAAUCAGUUGCAAAAUGCCGUCAUAAAUUACAUUUAAUCUACUACGUUUAUAAUUUUCAAUAUAAUUAGAAUUUCAUUUUGAUUAUAAACUUACGCGAAUUAUGUAUAACGCCAAAGCAAAAGGAUUAAUAAUAUUGCUUUUAUUUAUUUCAAUGUAAUUACAACAGACUUCAGUCUGAAAUUAACAAAAUGAUUACAGUACUAAAAAUAGCGAUAUUUUUAUUCGCAGGAAAGAAACAUUUACUUGAGGUAGUUGAUGACAUAGAAAAAUCCGCUGCAAUUAAUUGAAAUUUGGUACUCCAAUGAACAUGUUUUAUAAAUCAUCAAAAAUUUCACCAAAUGAAAGGAAAAAAUUUAAAUUACCUUGUGUUGUUCACAAGUCGCUGCAAAGUGUAAAUAAGCGCAGAGGGCCUCGACUCUCGAUUUUGAUGCGUUUUAUUUAAGCGAUUUAUUUCAGGGGCUGAUGUGAUCAUUUGUCCUUUUAAGAAUACGAAUUCCAACAGGGUUGGAAUGGAUUAGCAUGAAAAAGUGAUGAAAGAAAGGGAGCGAUAGAAAGUUGAAUAAGAUUUGACCAGCAAAAUAAUAAACUUUUUUGAUACAUU